AUGGCUACAAGCUACAGUAAGAAUGCCGUACUUAAAGGAACUAUUGACUACUUCUGUGUUGUGUGUGAAACACACCUCAAGACGGAGGAAGACUACAUGAAACAUGUAUCUAAACCCAUACACAAGAAAAACUUUGAGAGUACACAGUAUGUGAAGGAGUUUGAAGAUGAAUGCAUCAGGAAGACGAGAGUCGGAUAUUUUUGCGAGUUUUGCAACGAAUUGCUAACAGUUUUGGCUAGAGUGAGACUUCACGUGACAGAAUCAUCGCAUAUGAAUAAUAAGACUUUGAUGAUCUUCGAAAGAAAUGGUCCAAAUGUAGUCGCCUUUGGUGAAAUUGUUAUCAAUGAGAGGUCCUGGAACGGUCUUAAUGUUGAAUCCUGCGCUGUUUGCAACACAGAAUACGAAAAUGAAGACAUACACAAAAACCAAGCGAAACAUAUUAUAAACUUGAUUCAGAGCACUCUUGAAGUUGAUAAGAAUAAGAAUAUAUAUAGAAAGAUAGAUGAACAGCUGUUUCAAUGCCUGACAUGUAACAUGGUCCUCGGUCUAAGCGAUAGAACGAACCAUUUUAAUAAAGAUGAUCAUAAAAAACAUUAUCGAAAGUGUCUUCUUUCAAAUAAAUCUAAUGACGAUGAAGAGAAAAGUGAUGUUGCAGAAGAUUUAAAAGAUAAUGACAUAAACGAAGAUGACAAAAAUCUGGAAGGCAUCGCCUCCAAUGAGAUGACAUCCGAUAAAUCAGACGAAAGAAAUAUUUAUCUAUAUAAGAACAAGCAGGGGUAUCUUAUAUGUAUUGUAUGCUGCUUAGGUGUGGACCCGGUAGAUCAACACAGACAUAGAAAUAGUAGAAUGCAUAAGAAAAACGUUAAACAGCACAGGAAACGUAUCGCGGAACUGAUUGAGGCUGGUGGAACAGAUAAAGAUAUAUUCAACUUCAUCAAAGAAUUUGAGGAGAAUCGAAUUUACAUCAAUUUGGAAAGCAAAUCCGUUAUUUGUAUGAAAUGUGCAGAUUGUUUGUCAUAUUCUGUUGACGAAAUAAAAGAACACAUUGCUAAACAUGAUGGCCAUAUUAAAAAACAAAGUGAAUGUAAGUUAAACAAUGAACCAUCUGACGAAAAAGAUAAAAGUGAUGAUGUUAAAGAAAAGAAAAAUGAUACAAGUGAAGAUGUUAAGGAAAAACUAAAAAAAACAGAAAUUGUAAAUGUUGAAACAAAAACUGAUGAUGAUGAACUUAAAUCACCAAAAUGUAAUGUUCUAAACAAAAAGAUAUCAGAAACAGCCAAGAAGCUUAAAAUCAAAUUGGAAAGGACACCAACCCACAAGUUUGUUGAGAGUGCAACUUGUGUGAAGUAUAUGAUUUUCAACGACGUUAUUGUAAACAACAAGUAUUGCUUGUCAUUUGAGAGUUUCAUAUUUAUAACAUCAAAUGGCACUGAGUUAGAAUGUAAAGUCUGUAAAGUAUUCACCAAAUUAAGUCAUUUUUCAACAGACCGACAUUCAAAAAUGGCUAGUCUCGUCCCAGUAAUAACUAAUGAUGAAAAUGAAUUUGUGAGACAGAUUCAGAACGAUUUAUUUCAUUGCGGAUUUUGCAACAUGGUUGAAUCUUCCUGGGACAAUAUGCUGGAACACUUCAACAGCCUGCAACACAAAAACAGCAAGAUUGAAUCAGAAUGGAGAAAGGAAAUGUAUUUGUAUGAUAUAUCGAAAAAUAAUUCACGACUAGAAGAGCUUGAAAACAGUAAGAAAAUGCGUCUUUUAAUGAAUAUGUUUCGUGGAAUGUUCUAG